GUCCACGGAAGUGGGAAAGCAAUGCACGAGAAGAGACGACUCCUUAUUGACAUGCGACAUAAACUUUCGGAUGCUGAACGAAUGCGGCUUCGGAUGCGUGUGGAGGCGCAAAACCAAACCACGAGAGGUGCUGAUCGCGUUGUAAUGAUUGCGUUCACGUUGAACUUAUGUGAUACUAUUGGUAAAUUUACUGCUGCGUAUUUGACAGGUUCGAAAAGUUUAUUCGCCGAAGCAAUCCACAGCGCUAUGGAUACAAUGAAUCAGUUGAUUCUACUAACGGGUAUACGUUUCUCGCAACGUAAUCCUGAUCGAAAUUUUCCAUACGGGUACGGUAAUGUUCGGUACGUGUCUUCUUUGAUCACCGGUUGUGGUAUACUGUCGUUUGGAUGUGGUCUUUCGAUGUAUCAUGGCAUUAGCGGGUUACUUCACGGUGGAACACUGGAACCACUCACCUAUGUUAGUUGGCAUAUUACGCUUUAUUUAUGUCAUUACUAUUCCAAGGGUCAUCCGUCAUAA